CCUUUACCCUGUUUACCGCGACCACGCGACGCGUUUUCCCAUGGAUUCCUCCCAGAAUGAGUCGCCUGCAGGUCCACGACGUUCUCAGCGUGAUAGGAAGCAGCCGAAACGUAUAGAUACCAUCACGAACACCGGUAAACGGAAACGUACAGCAGAGAGCGACGCCGAUGAAGACGCAGAGGCAGGAGAGGAGGAUGCCACAGAGGAAUAUCAUGCACCGAAGCCAAAGACAGCGCGAAAAACGGCGAAACCUGCGGCGAAAAAACCGCGCACGCAGAGGGGACGCAAACUUAAGGAUGCUGAAGACGCGUUAUUCGACCCGGAGCAGCUUGCCAAAGACACCAAAAUUAAUUCAGAUAACCCUUUGUAUAACGCUAUCAUGAACCCGUCGGCUGCAUUACAGGGAACAGCAGAAGAUUUCCUGGAGUCCCUCCAGCAACACUCUGGAGCCGCACUAGCAGAACUGAUUAAUCUUAUUCUGCGGUCCUGUGGAUGCAAUGAUUCGGUUGACGAGGAUCAGGCAGUGGACUAUGACGGUGUCGUCGAUGCGCUGGACCAUUUUACGGAAGGUCUCAAACAGGAAGCAUCGCCCACGUACCCCUUGACAUCUAAAAAUCCCAUUUUCAAGAAAUUCCGCACACAUCUUUCCGAGUUUUUUGCUCGUCUGAUAUCAUCUGCUGCUGACCUUGGUGUGCUAUACACAUCAGAUUUGAUACCUACUCUCCAAACUUGGGUUGUAGCUAUGAGCUCGUCCCAAAUACGGAGCUUCCGGCACACGUCAACUGCUGUUGCCCUCGAUGUCGAGGCAGCACUCUGCGACGUCACACGGGGCGUUGAAAAGGAGGUUGAAGUACUUGGACGACAGAGAGAAGGGGAGAAGAAGCGUAGAGCAAAGGGAGGGGCUAGUGCGAAGGACAAGGAACUUGAGGGCAAGCUGAAAGAAGUCAAGGAGAGAGCGGCCAAAUUAGACGAAUUCUUGAAAGAAUUCAUUGACGGCGUAUUCGUCCAUCGAUUUCGCGACCUUGACCCCGUAAUACGAACGGAAUGUAUCACCUCCCUCGGCAUAUUCUUCAAGAAACACCCGUCUCAUUUCCUUUCAACCUCUUACCUCCGAUAUGUCGGAUGGGUACUCUCGGAUUCCGCUACACACGCCCGUCUAGCUGCUGUUAAGGCUCUGCAAAUCGUGUACUCAUCAUCAGUCGCUGAUGGUGUUCUCACCUCUCUGAAUCACUUUACGGAACGAUUCAAACCCCGUCUCGUCGAGAUGGCCGAGGCCGACGUGGAUGUGGGUGUUCGUGUCGGUGUACUCAACGUCCUUGAAGAAAUUGAGAAGAGUGGUAUGCUUGAAGAGGAGGAGCGAGAACGGCUAGGCGGGCUUGUCUUCUGUGAGGAAAUGCGGGUACGCAGGGCUGUUUCAGGUUUUGUGCGUGGCGUCUGGGAAGAGUGGGUGGAGCAGCGCGACGCUGAGAUGGGCGGGAAGAGCAAAACUGACAAGGAACGGAUGGGAAUAAAGGGCAUCGCAGCACUACUGGUAAAAUGGGGGGAGGCACUGGAUAAGGUUCUGGGUGAUGACGAUGAAGAAGACGAGAUCCAAGCUAAACGCACGAGGACGAGACCUGAAAUUGCCGCCCUUUCUACGGGAAGACAUAGGUCUGGUGGAGGAAAUCGCACAGCUUUGGCUGCAGAAGCGUUGUGGGACGAAGUGGACCCUGUUACUGAUUGGUCAGGCAUUCUCGAUAUGCUGUUGCUGGAUCAUUCUGCAUCUACAGAUCAAGGCCCGUCUUCCAAUGGACGCGGCAAAAAGGGAAGAAAGGGAAGAAAACCAGCAAAAAGCAAAGGUGCAGCCUCUCAGGAGGUGGAUGAUGAUGACGAAACCGAAUCUGUUCAUGUUGAUGAUUCUUGGAGACUGGAGGAAGUGGAGGAAGGUAUUUUGCUCGAACUUUUGGUCGCUUCCUUGGCGAAGACUAAGAAGGAAGCGGUCGGAGGUAAGAAGGGCGAGGAGGACACUGUUGCCAACGAGAUUACUCGCGCUUUGAUGAAAGGUCUCCCGCGCCUUUUCGUGAAGUACCAGACAGACGAGAAUCGGAUCAAGGAUGUUCUCGUCCUACCUACUCUUAUGAAUUUGGAUCUUUAUCUCGAAAUGCGAGCCAUCAGCGAUUACUCGAAUCUAUGGGAUGACAUUCUCAAACAAUUCCUCACGCAUGCGUCUCCUGGUAUUCUGGCACUUGCAAUGAACACCAUCACAUAUCUACUCUCUGCAACGUCUCUCUCCAAUACCAACAGUACGAAAAUUCUUGAGCUGGAAGACGAGCUCUCAUCGGUCCUCCGUGCCGCCCUUGCGGACCGUGAAGAGAUCGAAGUAGCGUCAUUCAACGAAGACGAGGUCUUGUCUCUUGGGUCCACAUGUAUGCGGUUAAGGAUACUUGCUGGAACAAGAGAUAUGACAGGGUGGAUCGAAGACGAUGAAGGCGGUAAGCAGAGUAAGAUAUGGGAUCUUUUGAACGCUAUAGCGGAGCGGGGACGACUGGGAUAUAAGGACGAAGAGGUGAUGAUCGAGCAGGUGUUGCAUUUAUUGACGUUGCAUAUUAUUUGGAAAGGAAAGGCCCUUACGACAGAUCCUUCGCCUUCUGCUGAGGAGGUUCGACAUAGAGAGAACCUGGUACUUCAACGGGAGGUUUUGCUGGAAAAACUGACGGAAUAUGCGAUUGGUACUCAAUCAAAUACGGUGGAAGGUAUUCAGAGAACAGCAUUCAAGAAUCUCUUGGAUCUCCAUGUACUAUUCUCGGCGACGCAAACUGUCGCGGCAGAUGGGUCGCCAUUGCCGACUGCUACAGUGGCGCUGACCAUGGAAGACGAGGCCCAGUAUCGAUGUGCGGGAUAUGUGCAAGCUGAGAUCGAGAGGUAUGCAGAGAUUGUUCAAGAAGGAGAUGAGGAAGAGGAUAAGAGUGAUGAUGGUAGUGAUGAUGACUCAGGGGAUGAGAACGAGCCUGCUAAGAAAGUUAAGAAGAAGGGUAAGGAAGUAGCGAAACCGGCAGCGACAGAGAAGGAAGAUGAAGAUGCCAAUUCUCGUGCUCGGCUCGAAGAGGAGUACGUAUUCAUCGAUGUGAUGUCUACCUUCUUGCGAGCAAUACGGGCUGGCGCAAUUCAUGUUCGCCACGGUGCCAUUCUUCUCGCACACUAUGGCCGUUUGGGACCUUCCUUUGACCUUUGCACUAAGGUCAUUGUAGAAGUCCUACGUGAAGCAGGCAUGUUUAAUGACGAUGGCGAUGUUGUAGUUUUGGUCGUCACGCAAGCGCUUCAAGAGGCAUUUACACUCAUCUUGGACUCUGUCGUGCGAGACGAGACUAAUGCUGUUCAGCUUGCGAAACAGCUAUCGUCUUGUUUUGUCGUUCGAGGAGUCCAGCUUUCCAUCGUCCGCCGACUUGACAACGAAUACAUUGUCCAGAUUCACACAAAUCUGAUUUCGUGGUUGGGCAAGCGGCUGUCGACUUACCAGAGCAACAACAAUAAAAAGUCCCUAAAGCGGACGAUACUGUGCUUCCGCGUGUUAACUCAAAUGCUCAGUGUUAUACAAAGUCGGGAAGCAUUGCAAAUUAAAGCUCAUAUGGAUCAGGUCUUGGCUGAGGCCAAGGUGGAGGUUUCUCCGACUUCCUCACUCUGGGAGCCACAACGUGCCUAUGAAAGAAGGCUGACGUCAAAGGAUAAAGAAAAAGUGCCUGGGUCGAAAACGAGGAAAGCCACUGGCAAAGGAAAGGCGAAGAGUUCAACGAUGGUCACGACUGAUGAGGAGAGCGAAGUGGAACAUCUGGUUGAUCGUAACGUGGAGCAGGACAAAGUGCCUGCGGCGACUCGAACACGGAAGCGUACGGUACCACAACGUAAAACCGCAUCUCGUGCUCGCGCUCGCGCAGCCGAGCAACAAAGCGACCACGACCCUGACGAUACUGCUGAGGAAAAUAUCGCAACGCCAAAAUCGCGACCGCGACCGCGGCCAACAUACAAGUCAAAAACCAAGACUCCUACUAGGGAUGCGAUAGUGACAGAGAUAGAGGAUACUGCAGCGCCUGUGCCUAUUGCUCACAGUCCACAGGACGAAACCUCUGCUCCAUCGCCGCUGACACCAGCUGAGUCUGAUCUGGACGACGCUGUUCUUCCGUCGCGAAAGAGGACACGGGUGGAUGAAGAUGAGGGACAGGCGACAGAAGAGGCGGAGCCGACUGCUGGAUCUACAGCAGAGGGAGGAGACGAUGAGGCUGAGGGUUCUGGGUAUAUGCAAGUGCGGAGGAAGCGAGCUCGGCAUUGACGAACGGACUGAUUUCGGUGUGGAUUUUCGUUUUUAUGAUUUAUAUUUAAUUUCCUGCCUUUGCUAUGCUCGCUGCUGUCGAUGUAUACAUUAUAUUUGUAUUCGCGAAUGGUGUAACAACAUUAUUAGAUGCUUCCGAGGGCGGAAGCUGGUGUGAGGGUCUCACCUUUUCGAUCUUUCUUACUCCCGGUGUUCCUUAUUGGGACCGCAUACCG